CUUACCCUUAAGCCGCUGUGACUGGCCUUCUCGCUACGCUCACCCCAAAUCCUGAUCCUCGUAAAUUGUAUAAAUACGGCCAUGCCUGACCAGUCUACACUCGGCUACCGGCCCAGCAACAUCUAUCACAGCUCCUCACCCUACAGGACCUCUGAGCAAGCUUCUCCUUACCUAGUCACUCCUAAGCACUGCACUGUACAAUAUAUAUACAGAAAGUGCAUUGUGAGUUUCCUUCCUCCAUCCCAUCCUGAGUGUGAAUACAAACAAAUUAUACCCCACAGUACCUCCGUUGUUUCCCUUUUCCCGUGUGAUUUUAUCUUAUCCACGCACACACACACUGAUUAAAGUAUAAUUUGCUAUUGUCAGACACGGAAAUAUUUUGUGGGAAAACUUGGGUUGGUAAGUGGAGUUUCCUGUUUGAGAGUGGCACCACUGUCUGCCCUGACACCUGACACUGACAGUUGGUCCUCAGCUGCUGGUCACUCUAGGGGUGUCUUCACGCUCUGAUGAGAGACAUUACAAUGCAUCAGUACACAAGGUUUCAAGUCGUCUUCAGAAUUGACGAAAAUCCUGCCCUACCAGAGAUGACCAGAAUAUUUGUGAUAACUGCAAUGGAGGAGUAUGAAGGGACGUCAAUGGAGGAACUUCGGCUCCAUUACUACCAGACCAGACCAGUGUGUUGGUCACCUGAAAAAGACACCACCACCGGAGGAUCAUCUGAUGCUGUUACUGUUACAGCUGAUAGUACAGCAGCCAUUACUGAUACAGCUGAUAGUACAGCAGCUGUUACUGAUACAGCUGAUAGUACAGCAGCUGUUACUGAUACAGCUGAUAGUACAGCAGCUGUUACUGAUACAGCUGAUAGUACAGCAGCUGUUACUGAUACAGCUGAUAGUACAGCAGCUGUUACUGAUAAAAUUUUUGGUUAUCAUCCCCCUUGUUACAUUGGUAGAGCAGAUGUUAAGGCUUCAGCUAAAGAUAUUCAUACUUUCUUUGGUACAGCACCUGUUACAGACACUAACAUAGGCUUUGGAAAACCUUCAGCUAAAGAACCUUUCUCUGUGUUUUGUAAAAUUCGUGUUCGGUCAUACGAUCCCUCACUCUUUCAUAAUCCUGUUGCAACAAGAACCAGUACCUCCUCACUCUUUUAUAGACCUAUUGUAACACAUACCAGUAUCUCUUCAUCCUUUUUUACACCUGUUGUAACAAGUACCAGCACCUCUUCACCCUUUUUUACACCUGCUGUAACAAGUACCAGUACCUCUUCAUCCUUUUUUACACCUGCUGUAACAAGUACCAGCACCUCUUCACCCUUUUUUACACCUGCUGUAACAAGUACCAGUAUCUCUUCACCCUUUUUUACACCUGCUGUAACUAGUACCAGUAUCUCCUCUCCCUUUUUUACACCUGUAAGAAGUACCAGCACCUCUUCACCCUUUUUUACACCUGUUGUAACAAGUACCAGUAUCUCCUCACCCUUUUUUACACCUGCUGUAACUAGUACCAGUAUCUCCUCUCCCUUUUUUACACCUGUAAGAAGUACCAGCACCUCUUCACCCUUUUUUACACCUGUAAGAAGUACCAGUAUCUCUUCACCCUUUUUUACACCUGUUGUAACAAGUACCAGCACCUCUUCACCCUUUUUUACACCUGCUGUAAGAAGUACCAGUACCUCCUCACCCUUUUUAACACCUGCUGUAACUAGUACCAGUAUCUCCUCACCCUUUUUUACAACUUGUGCCACUAGUGUGUCAUUCACAAGUCCUUCACCUGCUACAAGACAAGGAUUAUUUUGGUCGGUCAACCACCACUCUAAUACCCAACUUUCAAAACUGGAUACAGUGGCUGCGUGUACUCAGACGCCAACAGCAUCACAGACAUUAUUUGAAGGGCUCAACAUAGAGGAACACAUAACUUGCCCCAUAUGUUGCCAGAUGUACCAACUUGAAACACGAGAACCUUUGGUGAUGUCCCACUGUGGCCACACCUUCUGCCGCUGCUGUCUCCUCACUGUGGUUGAGAGAGAUGGCAUCACUUGUCCCACCUGCCACAAGCCACACAAAGGUCUUACUUUAUCUGAGAUGCCGGUCCUGUUUUCCAUUCUUAGCAUAUCAGAAUCUUACAGGAAAGUUAAAGAAGAAGCAGAGAAGAAGUGAUCAACACCCAGCUGUCCCUUGUCUCUCAUGUAAUGUACUGUACACUGAACCAAGAGUUGCUCUAUAGACUGUUCCAUCAAAACACUCGCCACAGUGAACAAGAGUUUGAUAUCUAACCCUUACAGGCAGCUAGGAUUUCCCUACUCUGCCCCCACCUGUCUAAAAU